UGGGGGUCAUGCCACAGGCGGGAAGCCCAGCAGCGCCCCCUCCCGCGACCUUUCCUUCCAUUCCAGGCGGAGCCAAGUGCCCCUCAGGGCACCGGGCGGACAAGCCAAGGUCCCUCCCGGAACCCUUUUGCUUCCAGAAAUGGCAGGAACCGCACCCCUCUCAGAGCCGGUGGGGCUCGGCGCUGCAGGAAACCCAGGCCUGGGAGCCUCCUCUUCCCUCCUCCGAGGCCCGGGCAGCCUCCGUUCCCUCAAGGGAGUCAGGGUCCAGGGCCUCCUGCCCGCUGUGGUGCUGCAAAUGCGGAGCCCUGAGUAGGACCCGAGUGAGAUGGCGCUAGAGCCGGGGGAAGGUGGCGUCGACUAGGUCGCGUCCCCUUGGCGCGGGAGGCGAUGCGGGCGGACAGAACCCGUCGCCUGGGGGCGCACAGCCUAGCUGGUUCUCUGCUGCUCUGAAGAUGCACAGACCUUUCAAAGGAAAGCAUUGGCGGCAGCACCUACUACCAUAUCUCCACUUACGUUAAUAAAAAUGUGUUCCGCGGGAGUAAGAUGGGUUGGGAAAGAUGGUUUUUGUUGGGAAAAGCAGUCACUGCCAGCUCCCUAAACGUCCUUAGGCGGGGCCCCGUUAGGACAAGUAUAGGUCCCUCCUAUGUGGAUGCAGGACCAAACGUGCGGUUGCGAAGUUUGGAUUAAGUAUUGGCAUAAGCACGUUCUGCUGUUAAAACAAGUGCAUGUGGGCCGGGCGUGGGGGUUCACGCCUGUAAUCCCAGCACUUUGGGAGACCAAGGCAGGCGGAUCACCAGGUCAGGAGUUCAAAACCAGCCUGACCAACAUGAUGAAACCCCGUCUCUACUAAAACUAUAAAAAUUAGCUGGACGUGGUGGCACACGCCUGCAAUCCCAGCUACUAAGAGAAUCGCUUGAGCCCGGGAGGUGGAAGCUGCAGUGAGCCGAGAUCAUGCCACUGCACUCCAGCCUGGGUGACAGAGCAAGACUCCAUCUCAAAAAAAAAAAAAAAAAAGUGCAUGUAUGUGGAUUCCGAUGGAAGGCCUUGGCAUCCACUGGUGACCACUGCACAUAAGGUCCCUACCCCAGUGAGCCCAGAGAAGGAGUGAGAUGAAAUAUAAUCACAAAGUGUGUGGCAGGGUGGACGAAAGGAAGGAUAAGCAGAGCUGAGAGGAACAGUGUGGGCUGUGGACCAGGGGCCAGGUGGAAGGUUCAGAGAAGUGGAGGAGCUGUUGCAAGUAGUACCCAGCCCAGUGCUUGGUGCCCAGCUGUGUUUGUUAAAGACUAAAGUAUUUGGGGGAUUAGAAGGAAAUUCUAGAGGGUGUCUGCCAUGGUGCUGCCCUCUCAGGAUGCGUGAGGUCUUACUCCGACUCCCAAGUUUCCAUGGCACGACAAUCGUGGCAACACCUGCUUCGCAGAGUGGGCUGAAUGAUUGAUUGCCAGAAAGGGUGUGGUCAGUGUUGCCCAUUCCUGUGACUGUUCUCUGUGUUGGCAGAGUGGCCACAACCCAGCACAGGAUGCAGAGCUUCCUGACUCUGCUGAAGGAGCAUGAGGACACCUGCCCACCCCCGGCAGAGCUGGUGACCCUUGCGAGCAGGCUGUGCCGUCACUUUCAGCAUGACCUUGCCCAGGUGAAGCCUUUGGUUUCAGCCAUUCUGGACAGCCAGCUCCGCCUGCACCUCCUGGACAAUGCAGAUGUUGCCCUGGUGUGUGCCCGAGUCCUGGACCAGCAGGAGCAGCAGCAGGCGGCUUGCCAGCUCCUGGAGGGGUGCCAGGUGCCAGGAGGCAGCCAGGAGCUGGUGCAGCUCUGGAACAACAUCCACUACCGUCUGGUCAUGAGGAGGCUGGGCGUGGCUGCACUCACCCCCGUGCAGAAGUUCCGCUGCAGAAAGAGGAACCCCCCGCCCCCCUCCCUCUGCCCAGAGGGGCUGAAGACCCGGAACUUCCCCAGAGAGGUUCGAGAGAAGCUGCACAAUUUCGCUGUGGGGGUGAGCACCAACCCCAGCAAGGCUGAGAGGGAGAACUUGGCUUUGGAGACGAGCUUGACCCCUGAGCAGGUGUACAACUGGUUUGCCAAUUACCGGCGCCGCCAAAGAGCCCUUCCCACGCACAUGGAGCCGGCCGGGCAGGCCACAGCUGAAGACCCUGGUACAAGGGAGUGGGGUCCCGACCGCCUGCAGCCCUCAGGCAAGCCCCAUGUUGACUCUGGGUUUGUGGACAGGCCUCAGUGGUCAGAGAAACGUGAGGAAAAGGGACCUCCACAGUAUUUUCCAGAGACCACUCAAGGACCAUGGGAACCACUGGCCUUAGCCCCGGACUUGCCUGCAGAUGAGACAGUCUCAAGGCCACUGGCUUCCAGGUCUCUGCCAGGUGGCGAGAUGUACCAGGAGGGGCCUGGCCAUGAUCCUGCUACCCUCCCCCUCUUCUGCCCUGGCCCUGGCCUCUGCCCUCUGGCUGCUGGCAGUGACAUACUGGAUCCAACCGUGGCUGCCCCUGAAUCUUGGCUGAUGUCUCUUGCACUGGCGUCCUCCAAGGAAGUUUCCUUCCAGACUGGGCAGCUGGUCCACAGUCAUGGGCUGGACUUCGUAAUGGGCCCUGCAGACACCGCGGUGGCCGUGUCCAUUGCCACUCUUGGAGAUCCCAGCCCUACAGCCCUCCAGAGCUGGCCCCAGCUCCAUCCGCCUUCCCCGGCCCUGUGUCUGCCAUGGAGCUGAGCCAGGCCCUGCCCUCCAGCCAGGUGCAGUGUGCCGACAGCCAGGCCUCUGGCGAUGCCUUCUGGGGAGCCAGGAUGCUCCUUGAGUUUUCAGGGAGCAGCCUGGACUGAGCUGUCCUCAGGAGCCAGGCAGCACCCUAGGAGGAGUGGGUGUGGAUGGUCUGGUUAUUCAACACAAGGAGGUGCAGAGCUUUAUCACAAAUACAAAAUGGAGGCCCCCAGAGUUCCACUCGGGGCUCUGCUGAAAAGCAUUGAGAGAUUCUCUCCCACUAUCAUGUUUGAAUAGUUUGGUUGGCAAUUCCCUGUAAUAGAGAAAGCAUUUAAGAAAUGUUCACGAGAUCAGAAGUUAAAGGUGGGUCUGUCCACUCAGGGCAGAACUGGAUCAGAGUCAGGCUCCUGUGCACCUGUGUGGCAGAGAAGGCCAUUCUAGAAGGGAGUGUUCUGCUGCUGGCUGCCUUGCCAUCUGCCCAUACACAAGGCCCGACUUUUCCACCAAGUUUACUGAGUGUUCUGAGAUUUCUGUGUGUAGGGGCUUCUCCCUUGAGUACUGGGAGGCAAACGUGUCAGGGCAGCCCACACAGGGCACAGCAGGGUGGAUUUUCCCUUCAGGUUGUAAUUCACUGUGUCUAUGACACAGAUGUUGUAGUCAAUUAAAGUUUAAUGUUUUGAACUCCCCUUUAAUUCAUUUAGCCAUGUAUUCUGGGCAUCUGUCCGUGUCAAAGUACAGAGAUGAACAUCAGCCUUUCUGCCUGGGCCAGUGUCUCACGGUGUGAGUGUACAUUGGUCAUGCAGCGUGCCCGACAGACGAACAUCUGGAUGGUUUCUAGUGUGUAUGUUUUAGAUGCAGCAUUAGGAUGGGCAUCCCUGUCCUCUGCCCUUUGCCCUUCACCUGGUUAUUAGGAUAAAUUCCUGGAAGCUCAAUUUCUGGGUCCGUUGUGGUAGCCGUCUGUGUGGCCUUGAUUUUGGAAUGUCUGUGACUGACCUUGUGCUCAGCUGACCAUGUGCCCAUCUCAGGAGAGAGCCACAUGUGGUCUGGGCUGAGGUCAAUAGCCCUUAACCCAGAGAAGUCAAGACUCUGGCCUGCUCUUGGAGCUCCCAAGCUGCUCCGUGGAGACAGAGGCACAAAUACUGACUUUCCUGUGGGGUCAUGGGUGGAACAGGAGGAGGAGCCGUGGCUGGGAGACCUGACAGUGGGGGUAGGGGGAGCAGGAAAAUCUUGACAGAGGUUGGAGAAGGGCACUGUGAUAGGAAGGGAAUGGGGUGGCACAGCAAAGAGAGCAGGAGCCUUUGGGUCUGGAAGCCAUCGCACUGCUCACCUGUGGCCCCACGCAUCCCUGGCAGUCCCCAGGCCUAUAGUAGAAGCAGGGGCGUACUGGGACCAGCCUCCCAGGGAUCCUGCACUCAAAGAAGUUGUGCUAAAAAAAAAAAAAAAAAGAAGUUGUGCUGCCAGCAUGGUGGUAUGAAGUGGAGGGCACAGCCGCUUGCCUACCUGUAGCAGGAGAACCACCUCCAUGUCCACCACAGGCUGACUCCCCAGACUCAGAGAGCAGAGGCAGCAGCAGUGACUACCAUGCCUUUGGCUGCUAUGGGAGGAGGUACCACUCCUUGACCCUUCCAGGGAACAUGCAGAGCCUAGGCCCAUCUCAGCCCCCUCUGUGAGGAGGGGCUGCUGCCCACAGGCCAUUCCUUCCCGUCUCCUUGCUGGCUUUAUCCCUCGUCUAACAAUGGAAUGUGGCCUCACAGCCUGUGCUGCCCUCAUCCCAUUGUAGCACCAGCCUGGGACCAAUGGACACAGGUAAGGCACCAUGACCAGCUGGUGUGGUAUGACCCCAUUUUGUGCCUUUCUGUGGCACCAUCUAGAGAAUGAAGGGACAUAUGACUGUUCCAGUGGAUGGAUGGCUGGGAGGA